CCCGUGAUCGACUUCUGUCACCCAUUCCCCGGAAUCUGGCAAUCUAGAAAGCCUUCUUUCUCAAGUGAGAAAAGCAUGGAAAGAGUGGGAUUUCUUUGUUAUUGUUAACCAUGGUUUACCUCCUGAGCUAUAUGAAAAUGUGAAGAAAGUAAUGACAAAGUUCUCAGCUUUGCCGUACGAGGAGAAGAAGAAAGCCGCCAGAGAUGUAAAGAACCCUAUGGGUUAUCAUGAUAAGGACCACACAAAGAAAACCAGGGAUUGCGUUGAGGUUUUUGAAUAUGUUGUGAAGGAGGGUAAUCAAAUUCCUGCGAAUCUGGAGCGUGAUUGCAAGGAAACUGUGGCCCUGAAGAGUCUGUGGCCUCAAAACCCCGAGGAGUUUCAGAAAGCAUGCGAGGCCUACGGUCGAGAAACCACAAAACUGGCAUUCAAAGUGAAGGAGAUCAAUGCUCUGGCUCUAGGAUUGCCGGCCGAUCGCUUCAACCUAUACUUUGAGGAGACCAUGACCAUUGUUUGUUUAAACCACUACCUUCCUUGCCCCUAACCAGAGCUAGCCUUG